GAUCAGUCGACUAUCGAGCUUGGAUUACCACAAAUUCCAUGGGACGAACUUAUUGAUAAUGCAGCAGACGCAAGCAUAGGUCAUUCGUUCGUCGACAACCUCUUUCAGCAGCUGCCGGAAAGUAAUGGCUGGGCAUUCCGCAAAAUGUGGACCAAUGCUGCUUUACGAAAAGCAAGGAUUGAGGGUGAUUCAGAGGCUGAAUUCAAGAUCCUUGAAAAGAAGGCAUGGCAUUAUGGCAACCAUGUAGAGGAAUUCCUCGAAUGUCUGUUGUUUAUAAUCCACUUGUGGUGGCCAAGCCGCCCGGUCAUUAGAGCUGCUUACCCUACGGCACAGGAAUACUGCUAACGGAGGCAUCCGAAACAUCCUUUACGAUCGUGGGCUCAUUAUGCUUGUGGCCGGAUACCAUAAGGGAUUCUCAAAGACGGAGCGGCUUAAAGUUAUACACCGCUUUUUACCGCGCGAAGUCAGUGCCUUGGUGAUUUAUUACUUGUGGCUCGUGCUGCCGUUUUGGGAGGAUCUACAAGCAAACAUUUGGGACAAAACCGAGUUAUCUGCUAACCUGUGGGCCCCGGAAGAGACCCUUGACGAUUUAAACGAUGAUGAUGGAAAAAGCGGAUAUGGGACUGGAAGUGAUCAAAGUGACAAUGAGGAGGAUGUAAGUGGCUG